AUGUCCGCGGACAAGCAUCAGAUGGAGCUCGCGGUGGCGUUGUCUAGGUCGGUGGUGGCGGAAGACGUGGAAUGUGCGGUGAGUCGAGGCAUGUUAGAGCGGGAAAUCGCAGACGUCGACGCCUCCAUUGCCAAGUUGCAGAAAAAGCGACUGGCGUUGAUGCGAAAGUUGCACAGAAACUCAAAGCAAACACGACGAGUGGCGCCAUCCAGCAUUUUGCCGCCGCAAGUCGUCGCGCAGUGGGAUGUCCCCGCCGUCCUUGCCGACCUCUUCCCUCCGUCCAGACGAGUCCUCGGCAGCAGAACCAUCUCCCAUCAAACACAUGGAGAUGAUGGUGGCAAACACAUCAUGCGACACUGUUGUCGUCCGCUGUGGCAAUAUGCCGCCCAAGAACCACAAGGUGGCCCAGGUUUGGUCGUGCCGAGUCUGGCGCCGUUCUUUGCGCAGUUGAACAAUGCUGCAGAAAGCGCUCCGUUCGAAGUGCAGACGACGUUUCCAGCUUGGAAAGAGAACUUGACGUUCCUGGCCUCGUGUUCAGUGGCUAGUGUCGAGGCAGCCCACGCCCGACUGCGUGCGGAAAUGACCAAGCUCAAGGAGGCAGCGGCAACUGAUGACCCAAAUGCCGCCAACAUGGCUGUGGUGUACAAAGCGUUGGAGUACUUUGACCAGCACAUGCAAAGCACCAUCCUACACAAGACCCGCCAGAACGAUGUAGGCGGGGGCGGCGCCACCACCGCCACCGUGAUGACAACAGGUGACGACGCCGUUCCAGUCCCCCGUGGUGGUGACAACGACUGCGAUCAUGGAGGUGAUGGUUGUGAUGGGUUUUGA